CCAAUCAAAGAUGGGAUCGUGUGAUUUGGAGCGAUGAGUCUCGCUUUAUGGUUUUCCCAAAGGAUGGAAACCUUAGAAUUUGGCGCUUUCCUCUGGAGAAGUUCAAGUCUGAUUGUAUCAUGCCUAGAGUACAGUUUGGAGGUGGUUCGGUGAUGGUUUGGGGCUGUGUGUGGGCAGGAGGAGUAGGCCCACUAAAAACGAUUAUUAACAGCCUUGACCAAUUUGGCUAUAUAAACCUUUUGGAAAGAAAGUUGCUCCCAUUUUAUGGUCGCCUAAGUGAAAGACAUAACGGGGAGUUUCUUUACCAAGAAGACAAUGCUCCUUGUCAUAAGUCAAAACUUGUUGAGAACUGGAAAAAGACCCAUAAUGUACCAAUAAUGGAAUGGCCGCCGAAUAGCCCAGAUCUCAGUCCUAUUGAGAACCUAUGGGCUCAUUUGGGUCGAAUGGUAAGGGCAAGAGUACCAGCUCCAAGAACUAUUAAGGAGCUAGACAAGGUUAUCCAUGAAGAAUAGAAGUAAAUACCGGUUGCAGUAUGCAAGGCCUACUGCAUGUCUAUGCCAACUCGCAUAGCCCGUAUGAAGAAAGCCCGUGCCAGCAAAGAGAUAGAUUAUCUACACAACAACAUCAAUGUGAUCGAUUUGUCUUGUAGUUUGAUAACUACCAGAAGCUGCGAAAUCACAAGACUUCACAAAGGAGAUUCGGCAACAGUAGCUGGAGUUGCCUAUUAUAUUUCAAAGGACACUGAAAUGGAACUUGAUAUUGAUGAUUCUACUGUUGACAACGAAUCUAUUAGAGAUUCAGAACAUACCAUGGAUGCCAUGGAUGUCGGGGAGGUUGUUUCUUACAAGUACGGCUGUACAUUCAAAAACAGGGAGGGUGAAGCUCACCACAAAAUUGCCAGAGCAGCUUACAGAGAUAUCGUCCGAUUUGUUAAUACGAUCAUCUGGGACCAUGAUGAGAUAAUGUUGGUAACUGUACUGAUGUCUUAUAUUAGCCCGGGGCCAGAAUCAGUCAUGGUGAAACAGCUGAUGCUUUGCUUGUCAAAAUCAAGCAUCAAGGGCCAUGAGUAUGAUGUCUGUCCUAGUGGUUGCCGAUUGUAUGGGAUAAAUGACGACCAGGAAUCUUGUGUCGACUGCGGCGAACCAUGA